ACUCCCAUAACCUCUAAUAAAUCUACUUCUAUUUCUCCAUGAUUUGAAGUUUUUGAAAUAACUCAGUUGAGAAUGUUAUAUUAAAAGUGGCUUUUGUUUUAAUAUUCUAAUUGUAUUUUAUAUUUAAUUUAUGGUUUAUUAUUUUACACGAUUUAAAUUUGUGAGGAUUUAGGGAGCCGUUUACUAUGACUCGGUCGAAAAUAGAAUUGGGAGAUGUCACGCCUCACAACAUAAAACAGCUGAAACGACUGAACCAAGUAAUAUUUCCAGUAUCGUAUAAUGAUAAAUUCUACAAAGAUGUCCUCGAAGCAGGAGAACUGGCCAAAUUGGCGUACUACAAUGACAUCGUGGUGGGGGCGGUGUGCUGCCGCGUCGACACCUCGGAGAACGCGCGCCGGCUCUACAUCAUGACGCUGGGCGUGCUGUACCCGUACCGGCGCCUGGGCAUAGCGUCCAAGAUGCUGGGGCACGUGCUCAACUUCGUGCAGCAGGACGCCAACUUCGACAGCAUCUUCCUACACGUCCAGGUUAACAACGACGGUGCGAUAGAGUUCUACAAGAAGUUUGGCUUCGAGAUCGUGGAGACGAAGGAGCACUACUACAAGAGGAUUGAGCCAGCGGACGCCCACGUCUUGCAGAAGACCUUGCGACCCAAGAUGACCAACGGCGUGGUCAAGAAUGGUGACGAGAAACGAGACCACGAGAAAUGAUCCUGUGAUUUUAGAUUGUGGAUAUACAUGUUGGUUUGCAUUUCUGAGUAGCUGUUCAGACACUGAGACUCGUUAGGCCUAUGAAAGAAUGCAAAGCACCGUUUUUAUUUUAUUUUCAAUUAAGUAAUUUUUACCUUCAAAUAUUUUUGUAUGUCUAUGAUACUGAAAUCUCAUAGGUCCUACCUGUUUCAUUUUCAUUUAUUUUGUUCAUAUAUUCUUGUGAUCAAAACAUUUUAUUUAUUACUUUUUUCUUCAAAAAAGUUAUAAAAGUUUUUUCCUACCAGUUACAAGACAUGUCAAGGGCUAGUUGACUUCAUAGCAGUUCAAGUUUGUAAAGAAUAUUCAGUUUUACUUAAAACCCCUUAACCGUGCUUCAGAUAUGUGCAUACCAUAAACUGUAAUUGUUUACAAAAAAUAUAUAUUGAAUAGCACCAUCUUCAAAGGACAAGAAUCCAUGGCAUAUAAAUUGCUACAGUAGUAAAUUAAAUUGUUGUCACCAGGAGAACACAAUAGUGGCGAUGUCUCUGUGUGUGUUCUUUCGUCGACAACUUGAUCGGCCAUAACCUGUGUCAUUGUAAAUACUCCGCACCGCUCAGGUGUUUCUCAACUUGCCACUGUGGAACUGUAAGAAGUGUUUUGUAAGUAAAAACAUUUUUAAACAA